UAAUGGUGGACGACUGAAGGGAGAGAAACGGAAUACAACUAGAGUGAAGAAAAGAGAGGAGAAACGGUCGAAAGUCUGCUUCAGAGCCAGCCGCCGCGAGUAGGACACGGGCUUCGUCGAAAAUGGAUGAACUCAAACAUCAAGUCAUGAUUAACCAGUUCGUCCUGACGGCGGGUUGUGCGGCUGACCAGGCAAAGCAGCUUUUGCAGGCGGCACACUGGCAGUUCGAGACUGCCCUCAGUGCCUUUUUUCAAGAAACAAAUAUUCCAUAUGGCCAUCAUCAUCAAAUGAUGUGCACCCCAGCCAACACACCAGCAACGCCCCCCAACUUCCCUGACGCGUUGACCAUGUUCUCCCGGCUGAAGGCGUCCGAGAGCUUCAACAGCGGCAGCGGCGGAGGUCCCAUGGCCGCGUCCAUGGCCACCUCGCCCCCGCCCCCUCAGGUCGGCGGCUGGGGCGUCUCACCAAACGUACCUAACGUGCCGCAACCUCCACAGGGACUUUGGACUCAGGGGCAGCCCCCAACGCAGCCCUGCCCCGCCUGGCCCACGGGCGUGAACACCCACGCGGGCGCCGAGCAGAAGGCUAGCGUAGCGAUGGAGGCGGAGAGAUGAAGGGGCGGCACAUGACUGAAAAGCCCCUCCUCCCCCUCUCGUCCACCCCAGCAAGGAGGGAGGGAGGGGAGUGGAGGGGGAAGAGGGAAACGGGGGUGGAUGAAUGCAGAGGGAGGAGGGGUGGCUGAUUAAAUGGGUAGAAAUGGGCUUCAGUCUUUUUUGUUCCCAAAACUGAUGCGGUGCGGCAUAGACGGACGGAUACGGAAAGAGAAGGAAACUACGCAAACCAAGAAAAACUCAACGUGGACAAUUUUAAGAAGAAGAGAAAAACCAAUGCAAACAUCAAUACAAAAAAUAGAAAAAAGAAGAAAAAAAAGAUACGCACACACAUAGUAAUAAGAAAGCAACUGAAAUCUUUGUUAGUUUUUUUCCUAAGUAAAUGCAUAGAUAAGAGAAAUAUUAUUGAACUAAAAAAUGAGAAAUUAAAAAAAAAAAAAAAAUUGUCACGCCCAAGGAUUCUAUGUGAUGUUCAAGGACAUUCAAGGCAGCAAGUUUAAUUUUCUGUUUUUUUUUCUUUCUUUUUUUUUCUUCCAUCUUUUCUGCCAGUGUUUUUUGCCACUGAUGUUCUGUGUUUCUGCAACUGUCUGUGCUGCAUGAGGAGAGAGGAACUUGCAAUGCAGUGUUUUAGAUCGACUCGAGAAAAAAAAAAUCAUCACGCACUUGAGUGUGAAUGUGUACGCAUGUGAGCGGGUGGUCAGUUUGUAAUCAAAAAUGUAUACACACACACGAACACACACACACAUUAGUGUUUAGAGGAAAAACACCUCCAUACUGUCAUCCCCAUCGUCAAGGUGGGACUUUUCUUACCUCACCUGGUGGUCACCUGACUUCUCUCAAGCCAAUCAGGGAUUCUUCUUAAACCAACCGUUGCCGCUGACGACGCAGGACAUGUUUUUAAAAGGUUUUUUCUUAAAAGGCAGCAGCCUCUCUGGUUUAUGCUAACUGAUCCUCGCUGCGAUGGCUUUUUUCCUGACAGUUUUAAACCUGGACUCACAACUUGUCCUCUGUAUACUUUUCUGGAGAUUUAGGGUGGGGUCUUUCAAGAACAAUAAGAAAUCAUGGUUUAAUAUAUCGUUUAUAAUGCUUCUGUUGUUUUUGUUGAAAGGUUAAGGGAGGUGGCUUUGAAAGUGGGUGGGACUUCAGGUUGAUUUUUUCUUUUUUCUUUUUUGGUAAAGAAUGAAUCAAAUGCAGCUAAAAUGGCUACAGAUACAGACGAGUGACAAAUUAAAGAAGUCAUAUUCUGCCCCUUUCCCAGUUUAAUAUUUUCAUAUUUGUGGUCUAUUUGCAAAUAUUUGCAUGUUUUUAUGGUCAAAAACACACCUAGUUACAGCUGUACAAGCCAUAGAUGCAGCCCCUCUUUCUUAUUUAGUGUGAAAUGGGCUGUUUUGUGUCUGUUUAACGCCUCUCUCUUCUGAUUGGCUGAUUGAGUGAUGCACACCCAAUCACAAGUAACAGAUUAGAUUGUAGUUAGGUAAAACCAGGGCUCUGGGUACCGGUAAACUGCCACCCUUUUGGAAGGCUGUGCAAUGACAAAUCAGCUUCCUGACAUCCAACAAUUGCGCAGCGUUUCCUUGGCGACUGUCAGCAAGAACAGUCCAUCAACAAUUACAUAGAGAGGGAUAUUAUAGUAGGGUUGCAAGUGCAUAAACUCCUCAUAUAAAGAUGAAUGCACAUGUGAGAGUUCAGUGGUGCAAAAACCACAAGCCCUGGUCUAUAGAGAGGGGGGGGGAAGAAUGAUAUGGUCAGAUGAGUCAUCCUUCAUAUUCUCAAGAAGUGGGGAAGUGCAUGUGUGGAGCGCACCAAGAGAGCUGAAGCUGUUCCAGCAGCACGUGGUGGCCCAACACCUUACUAAGACACUCUGUUGUUUUUUUUUUACUUUAAUUUGUCACCCGUCUGUAGAUCUAUAUAUAUAACAAAAAAAACAACGAAAAAAACACGACUACUCCAUCUUUGACUCUUUGUAAACAGAAUUGCCACUUUGCAUGAUGUGUUCAUAAAGUGUAACAUCUUUUGUAGCAAACAUACAUGAGGUCGAGACAUGUUAAUAGGAGGGGGGUGGAGCGGGGGCAGGGUGGUGGGCGCCAUCCCCAAAGCUGAUAGAAAUGCAACAGACGUGCAUUUCUCUGCAGAGUCGAAUCAUCAGCGUCUCAGACUAAAAGCAAAGUAUUAGAUCAGAGAAACAAAAUAUUGAUAAGAGAAGAAAACGGGUGCGCAGCAGCUUUGGGAAGCCCACCACAGGCUAUUUGGGGACACUACAGACUACUUUCAGAUAUACAGUAGAUAUAUAUAUAUAUAUACCCUUGGAUACUGUACUACAGAGGGGUUUUUACAACAUUUAGGUCUCUAGUUUUGACAGGUCCCUGUUCCACUGAUACUGCUGAGGGGACAGUUCAGGGAUGACCCUGAUAUACGGCAAUAUUUUAAAUGCAGGGUCUGCCCCCCCCUUUUUUAGUUUAACCUGUUCGGAUUAUUUUUACAUUCGAUUAAAGAAGAGCGACAGAUAACAGAAGAGAUAUUUUGAAUAGCUGGGGGUCUUUUUUUAAAAAGAGAAAUAAGAUGAUUAGGGAAAUUAUGGAUAUAAUAAUGAAUAAAUAACCAACUUCCUUUUUUUAUUAUUCAGACUAAUGUUUCAGUUCAUCCUUUUUUCCAUGCUUCAUACUUUAUUCGGUUAAAUCAGAGCGUUUCUGGGUGGGCCUGUUCCUAAAUGGUUUCUCAUGUAUGUUUCCCCCCUUGUAUGACUGUAUGAGACCAUUCCCACAAUAUUUGUGGACUACCUGAUAAUUAACUUAUCAUUUUUGUGAACCUAAAUAAAUAUUGUAUGUCAACCUA